AUUCUCGUACACGAUACUAUCAAGACAACGCAAAACUUUGGUCUUCUUAAAAAGAUUAGAGAAAAGAUUCCAGCAUUUCCGGAUGUUAAGGAAGGGCCAAUUUUAACAUUUAACAUUCACCGACAACAGCUAAUAAAAUUUGGGAUGGAGCUGAAAUCAAGUUAUAUAGCAACUAUUGAUGGAUCUUUUAAUUCGCCUCUUAAGAAAUAUACAGAUGGUUGGAGCAUGAUCAGUGACUUAGAAGACAGAUUAGAGAUCAGCGAAGAAAAUAUGGAAGAAUUCAUUAACACCUUAAAAACACUUAAUGUUCCUCUGGCCGUAAAUGCAUUGACAAAAGGCUCAGGAAAUAAACGACGAAAUAUUGAUUCAAGCGACCAACCUGAAAACAAACGUGCACGUACUACUCCAAAAUUUGAUCUCACUAGAGAACUUGUUGACUCUGCUGGUGGUGAUCUUGAAUUGGCGAACAUCAAAUUGAUCAUACCCGAAGGUGCAAUUUCAGAGGGGGAGCAGCUCGUUGAAAUUUCACUUGGGCAUGUUAUAAGAGAUGCAUAUGACAUACAGGUUUCUAAUAAACUGGAAUCAAGAAUUUCACCCAUAGUUACAUGUAGACCAUCAGGUAUGGUCUUCAAGAAACCUUGUUUACUUUCAUUUCCACACAAUGCAGUUAACGAGGAAUGGUGGAAAUUUACUGUUCUUGUAAGAGAUAACUCGAGCGGUACUUGGAAAAGAACAGACUGCGAUGACCAGCAUAAUAUUUCUGUGCGAAAAGGACGGUGUUAUAUAGAGACAAAGUAUUUCUCUGACUUCACGUUACUUGGAUUGAUCAGGAAUGCAUCGUUCUGUAAAAGAUCGUUGAACCUGGGAUUGUUUGGAAAGCACAUUCACCCAGAAGCGUAUUUACUUAAAGUAAGAAUUUGGAAUGGAUAUGAUAACAAGUGCAGUGGAGUGGUUGACAUACAGGUUUCUAAUAAACUGGAAUCAAGAAUUUCACCCAUAGUUACAUGUAGACCAUCAGGUAUGGUCUUCAAGAAACCUUGUUUACUUUCAUUUCCACACAAUGCAGUUAACGAGGAAUGGUGGAAAUUUACUGUUCUUGUAAGAGAUAACUCGAGCGGUAGUUGGAAAAGAACAGACUGCGAUGACCAGCAUAAUAUUUCUGUGCGAAAAGGACGGUGUUAUAUAGAGACAAAGUAUUUCUCUGACUUCACGUUACUUGGAUUGAUCAGGAAUGCAUCGUUCUGUAAAAGAUCGUUGAACCUGGGAUUGUUUGGAAAGCACAUUCACCCAGAAGCGUAUUUACUUAAAGUAAGAAUUUGGAAUGGAUAUGAUAACAAGCUUGUAUUAGAAGAUGAAAAUAAACUGAAUGAGAAAAAACUGGCUGUUUACCCAUCGUUGUUUGCAAUGUAUAAAGAUAUCGAGGUUAUCAUAGAUAAUUUGGACAAUGGAUUAAAAGUCGAAGGAGAUACAAAAGUUGUAUGGAAACUCGAAGCUCCGCUCCUAUGGUUUUCAAAUCCGUCCCAUGAAUUUCAGUUAAAAACAGAAAGUACAUCGAUACAAGACUUACAUGCAAAAAUAUCAACAACACAAGGAUCAGGACAUAUUCAUGAGAGACCGUUGCAUACUCCUCUAAAAACUGAUCAUUGACCUGAAUCUUUAUCUACGAAUACACUCCAUUCAUCCUCAACUUAAACAUACUGAAACAAACAGCCGUACCAGAUGCAAGAUUAGCUAAUCAAUGUUGUGGAUCCAGGAAUUUAAAAAUAAAUUGGCCCACGGAAUUUAGUGAUGUAGGGUCCAGUAUACCCCAGCAUCACCAUGGUAGGGUACGAACCUCCAGAUGGCUGCUAAUGGCAAUUUCAUACUGAAAUUUAAACUUGCAUACUAAUUUUUAAAUUUUAGAAAUAAUUGGAUGGGAGGAACACUUCGAGGAAGAUUGCUCUUCUUCGAAUAGUCCUGUUUGUCAGCAUUUUCCUGUUUAUUAUGUUUCUCUCAUACAUCUAUAAAAUUAAUAUAAUUUUUAAUAAUUAGGUUUGGUUUUAUAUUUUUGUUUUAAUAAUAUUUAUUGAGUUCUGGUUAGGAUUUAAAGCGAUUUUAAAAGUUUAGGCUGUGUACAUAGUCAUAUUAGUCAUUUAGUUUGGCUUCAGAUGAUUACUGUAUAUAGUGCCUUGUAUGUUUUUGGCAGAUUUUUAUUAGAACAUGACUUUACACUCUCUUAAUAGUAGUUUGAAUUGUUUAGGUGUUAUUUUAAAUGUGUAAUUUUUUUUUUAUGCUGACUGGAUUUUUUUUAAAAUUUUGUAAUAUAUUUAUGGUUAGACUAAUUUCACAGUGAAUAUUUUGUAAUAGGUAGUUCAGUUUUGUCCAGUUUAAAAUAGCCUAGUUUAUCUGAGUGAUUUUCUUAAUUUUGUUGUGUUUUACGAAAAUUUAUAUCAAAAUUUUAUCAUGAUAUAAUAUGAUUAUUACAAACUUUCAUCCGAUUUACAUUUAUAAUGUUAAUACGUUGCCUUAUGUUAUAGUAGUAGUAUAUCAGUCUUUAUAGAUUUCUUGCGAUACACAAGAAGGAAAACAUACGAAAGUACUAACAAGACUUAUAUAGUCUCAGUGGAGUCAUUCUGUUGGUGAAUUUGGCGGUACAUCGGGAGAAAAUUCCCCUACUAUUUUCCAAAGAGUGUACUCAGUGCGUUCUUCUUGAUGUGCACAUAGGUCUUUUGUAUUCUGGACUAACGUCUCAUCCGAAUGACGGUGCGCUUUGAAAAUGUUUGCCAUCCAGCUUAAACACAAGGUGAGCAGUAAUGGGAAUUGAACCGGUGACCAAAAGAUCGUCACAGUUCAGCACACACCGUGGUUACCAACAGCUUAGACGAUUGAGCUAUGAGCUCUCGUAUUACAAUCAUAAUUCGUUAUUAAAGCAAUAAUUAGGUUCGGUUUUAUAUUUUUGUAUUGUUAAGUAUUGUGAUUUGAUUACGUGACGUGAAUUUUAGGCCGUGUACAUUGUCAUAUUAGUAAUUGAAUUUGGCUUUAAAUAUUACUGUAUUGCCUCUUGUAUGUUUUUUUUUUUGCAGAUUUUGAUUAGGUAUUCCAAUUUUGUCCAGUUUAGAAUAGCUUAAAUUAUCCGAGCAAUUUGCAUUUUAAUUUAGUGGUGUUUUACGAAUUGUUUCAUCAAUAUUUUACUCAUCAUGCAUGAUUAUUACAAACAUUUAUCAGGUUUUCAUUUAUAAUGUUAAUACUAUGUUGCAUUAUGUUAUAGUAGUAAUAUGUCAGUCUUAUGAAUUUCUUCGAUGCGAUACACACGAACGAUAACUUAUGAAAGUACUUACAAGACUUACAUAGUUUUAGUGGAGUCUUUCUGUUGGUGAAUUUGGCAGUACACCGGGAGAAAAUUCCCCUACUCCUUUUCAAGGAGUGUCCUCAGUGCGUUCUUUGAUGUGCUCAUGGUCCAUUUUGUAUUCGUAAUGACGGUGUAAUUUGAAACUUGCAUUUUUCUUCUCCACCUAAAACACAAGGGGAACAGCGAUGGGAACUGAACCGUGACCAAGAGAACACCACAGUGUAGCACACACACAGUGGUAACCAACGGUUAUCAUAAUUUUUUUUAUUAAAGCAAUACUUUGGU